UUAAAAAGAAAAUUGGAAAGAAAUCUUUAUAAAUGAGGACUGCGUACUUCAUUAUGUUGAAGGUGUAGUGGAGUGGUAGUUGCAGUUGAUUCAAAGAGAUUACUGUGUCGGUCCAUAAGACCAAUCUUCUUUCAUCCUCCAUGAUCAGUAGUUAUUCUAAGAGUACUGACGCAGAAGUAUCGAAGAAAUCGAGGAAAAACACACCAGCAUCAUCAUCAUCAUCCAUGGCAAUUGACUGGAGUAGUAGUGAUUGGGAAGGAAAAUCAGGAUCACAAGGAGGAGUAGGAGGAAAUGGAGGUGGAGUUGAUGCUAGAGAAAGACAUAAACUAGCAGAAAGAGAAAGAAGAAAAUCAAUGAGAGAAUUAUUUCUAUCUCUUCACUCGCUAUUACCUCAUUCCAAUACGGUGCGUAAAGAACAAUCAGCAAUUCUCGAUGAAAUUAUCAAAUAUAUACCGAUUGCUGCUGCUCGUCUUCGUUCACUUCAGAAUCGUAAGGAAAGUAGCAGUAAUAAUUCAUCUAAUCAUUCUUCAUUGACUUCAUCUGCAUCUUCAUCGAAAGUAUCUUCGACCGUGCUUUCAAAAACAAAAUCAUAUUCUUCAGUACCAUCGGUUCAAGUCUCAGAUCGUGAUAACAAGAAUAACAAUAGUAAAAACUCAGCUACUUCUGCUGUGGCUAAUACGAUCAUUGACUGUGACAUCCGGGUUGCUCCUGAACCUUCAUCUUCUGUGGCGAUUCGCAUUAGAGGUGACCGGGUGAAUGUUUCUUUAAGUGAUUCUAAGGGUACUUCACACACUCUGUUAUUAUCUGCUGUUUUAGAUGAGCUUGAAAAUCAUCAACUUGAACUUGUUCGUUCUACUCAUUGUCGCGAUGGAAGUAAAGUCUUGCAUCAUUCCGAAAGCAAGAUUUGUGAUGGACUGGAUAAAUCUCCCAAUUUGUUGAAGUCGAGAUUACAGGACUUGGCAAGAAAACUUCACAAAUUGAGGAAAUCGACUUCACUCAAGAGAACAUUCGAUCAAAUUGAAUGAUUUGGUUUAUUAGUUUUAUUAAUUACUUAAAUUUUAGUGGUUAUAGUAGCGGAGGAAACAGAGUGAUUGUACAAAUGAAAUGAGUGGUUGAAGGAUCCCAGCUCUGUGUCUUGUUCGUAAUAAUAAUAAAUAAACUAAUCUCCACGUUUUCCCUACCAAA